CAGUUUUUCGGCCAGCGCAAGCCGGAAGUGGUUGGCCGUUUCCGCCGGUGCGACUUGCGCCUUGCUAGCCGAGGCGCCUCUUUUAGCUUGUUUGCAAGUUGCCAGCUUGUCACCGGGGUAGAGAGGAUUCCGGGCGAGUUUCGUCGCCACGAAAUAUGACUGCGAGGAGAUGUUUACAGUGGUGCCGUUCGCCGGAAUAGUCCCGCAGGAGGAGCUCAAACCGACGCGUAAGCCACGAGGAGUUCCUGGGCACAAUGAGUGCUAAAUACGGCCCGGUGGGGUACAACGCUUCGCGGAAGAACAUUUCCAUCUCCAUCCCGGCAUCUGCAGAGGUGAUGUCCCCUCAUAUCAAGUCCCUGGAGGAACUGAGGGUUCUCGGAAUCAGACUCGGCAACUUCAGUGCCCUCGCGCAGUUUUGCAUCUGUGUGGCUGGAGUCUUCUUCUUUUAUCUCAUUUAUGGAUACGUACAGGAGCUCAUCUUUUCGGUGGAGGGGUUUAAACCCUUCGGUUGGUACCUCACUCUGGUCCAAUUUGGUUUUUACUCUCUGUUUGGGCUCACGGAGCUUCAGUUCACAAAAGACAAACGCAGAAGGAUACCCGGGAAGACAUAUAUGAUACUUGCCUUUCUAACAGUGGCCACCAUUGGCCUUUCUAACACCUCCCUGGGUUACUUGAACUACCCGACACAGGUCAUCUUCAAGUGCUGUAAACUCAUUCCUGUCAUGAUUGGAGGAGUAUUUUUACAAGAUAAACGCUAUCGGCCGGUUGACGUGGCCGCCGCUGUCUGCAUGUGUUUGGGACUCGUCUGGUUCAUGCUGGCUGACAGCAAAGUGACACCCAACUUUAAUGUCACAGGUGUUUUCUUCAUUUCCCUGGCACUGUGUGCAGAUGCCGCGAUUGGAAAUGUGCAGGAGAAAGCCAUGAAACGUCAUCAUGCCUCCAAUUCCGAAAUGGUGCUGUACUCGUACUCCAUCGGCUUUGUGUACAUACUGGCCGGGCUGCUGUGCGCGGGUGGGCUGGCACCGGCCGUGUCGUUCUGCUCGGAGGACCCUGUGCGGACGUACGGUUAUGCCUUCCUUUUCUCUCUUUCGGGUUUUUUGGGCGUCUCUUUUGUGUUGGCCUUGAUCAAGCUGUUUGAUGCCCUCGUUGCAGUUACAGUGACUACAGGGCGGAAGGCCGUUACGAUAUUUUUUUCCUUCAUGUUCUUCAGCAAGCCCUUCACUUUUCAGUACAUCUGCGGUGGCCUCCUCGUGCUCGUUGGCAUCUUCUUGAACGUUUACAGUAAAAACCGUGAGAAAAUGAAGCUUCCUUCAACCAAGGACCUAAAAAGCAGACUGCUGGCCGGAAAGAAAGUCAGGCCCCUCUCCCAAAAUGUAUGAGAGGCAUCCGUCACAGGCUUUGAUUUGAGCCUCCUUGCCCAACAUGCAUCAUGACCGUCAGAUGGAGUUUUGGGGCUCUCUCCACCUGAAGACAACUGGCUGCUACGGGGCUGAAACUUCCCCAAACCGAACGAUCUGGUUGGGAUUACAAGGGACUAGUGGCGGUUGGGCACUUUUGGAGCGCACGCCAACACAUUGCCAGUGUGCACAACAACACCGAAGAGACUCGAAAGGAACACAGUUCUGCGCUGGAAAUUUGCAACAAAAAAAACAGAAAAACAAGUUGAAAGGGAAGAAUGAAGUGACCGCUUGCUCCCCACCUUAAGGAUUCCUUGACUGCACAGAUAAAUCGGCUUCGUUUUUGUACGUUCAACAAUCUGCUCUGUGACUGCUAACCACAAGUGUUUGCAUGAAGGCAUCACGCUCCUUUUUUUAAAAUAAACUCCAAGAUGUCUCGA